AUGGAGAUCAACUUUGUCGAUCUGACGCCGACGGUUGCCAACUUGUUAGAGCCAGCCGCGAUGCCCGGGUUUACUGGUCACUCUUGCAGGCGAGAUAGCAAGCCGAGCCUUUAUAGACAAGUGGGCUUGUCGCGAGCCGCCCCUGGAGGUAUUUGUCAACAGUUAUGGCCCAACAGAAGCGCUAUUAGCUUUGCCGUCGGGCCCAUCAGCCCGGAAAGGCCAGUUGGAAACGUGGGAAAGCGUCUAGGCGGCUACUUGUGGAUUGUUGACCAAGAGGAUUGCAGGCAUCUGAUGCCGAUAGGCUGCGUCGGGGAACUCGUUGUUUCCGGACCGACGCUGGCCAGAGGGUAUCUCAACGACGCGGCGAAGACAAAUGCUUCCUUCAUCAGACAUUUCAAUUGGAUUGCCAAGGAAAAGGGCAAUAUCCUGUACAAAACAGGAGACCUGGCGCGGUUUAAUUUUGACGGCAACGUGGAGAUGGUGGGCAGAAAGGACUACGGGCAAAUCAAGCUCAACAGACUGCGGAUUAAGCUCGGAGAGUUUGAAAACGCGAUUGAAUCUUGCCCUUGA